CCGUAGCACUUAACCACUAUGCCAGGAGGGUUUCCAUAGGGUCUGGCUUAUGUCCCUGUUGGUUUUCAGGGAGACCAUCAUCUCUCUGCUUGCCUCUUGGGACAUAUGCAAGCCCACUGGUGCCAGUCACGCGUACAUCCCUGCUGGCUCAUCCUGGGCAGUGAAAUGUUUCUGUUUUCUAGGAACUUGUUUGCUCCAAGGUCCCUGGAAGCCGAGGGAAUACUGGCCAGUGGUAUUUUGUGGCUCCUGAAUGUCUCCUGGUCUCCUGAUAGCCUUUCUACCUCCUCCACAUUGCAUGGUCUAAAAAUUAUUAGCGAAAAAAUGAAGCAAAGCCCCGUCUGUUAUGCUUGCUUCUUCUUUAUCCCCAGCCUGCAAUCUAGGAAACAGAUCCCAGAAUAGCACAGUGGGUGUUUAGACGUGUAUCUCAGCUUGGUCAACAGCAUGGAACUGUGCUGGGAUGCCCAGCGGCUUCCUCUUUAAUCCUUGCAGGAGACAAGGCGCCUGUCAGCGAUGACGUUGGUGGCUUUCCUUCCUCCCCCACUCUGGCACUCACCAGCUUACGCUUGCGUAUCAGAGCCUCUGUCUAAAUCUGACAACGUGAGCAGAUUUGGGGCAGAGCUUUAAUAGGUCUCCCUCCACCUUCUGUGGCCUCAGCCUGUGAAGCGAUUUUGCGUAGCCAAUAAGGAGAGCUUGGCCCAUCUCGGCAGCCAGUCAGCACAGCAUUGCAGAGCCACAGCUCUGCUGGGGUUGGGAGUUGUCAAGCAGUGGAUCUCCUCCUUCCAGUGAGAGGACACCUCUCACUCCUGUUACUAGGAUGCAGGAGUCGCCUGUGUGUCUCAGGGGCAAGAUGACAGCCAAGGAAAUACUGUGCCAUAGAUUCCCAGAACAGGGUUCUUUUUAAAACCCGGUGAAAACCUACCUCCCUGGCAUUUUGUCUUAUUGAGAUUCUGAGGAACAUGGGCCUGUAGUUCAGUAGCUGAAGUGAUGAAAUUCACAAGGAAAAGCCACUGGGUUUCCCGGAGAUGAAUGGCGGAGCCAGGCCUCCUGCCUGGGUCUUAGUAACGUGGGCUUCUGGUGCCCUCUGACCUGACUUUCAUUUGGCAGGGCCCUGGCAUCAGUCAGAACUUGGCAGCAGGGAAGGGGAGAAGCAGGAAAGGGCAUGAGAGUCUAAGGGAUGGAGGAAUUUAUAUGUCAGCCUUCACAGGGGGCCAGAAUUCUGAGCCUCUGUUCUGCUUUCUUUUGAUAAAUGUUUACUUUUUACAAUUGUCUGCUUUAAAAAAUUAUUUUUCUAGAAAGUCUGCCCAGACCUAUUGCAUGGUGGUUAGGGAAUUGAUGGUUGGCUUGUCUCUGUAUUUGGUUUUCUGGGGAUCUGCCUCCCAUGUCCCAGUCAUACCUGCCACCUCAGUUUACAUACUAUGUUUGGAAACCACCUCUUCCUACUGUUACCCUACUGUUGGUGAGUCUUUUUCGUAUACCCUUGAGGAGUGCUCCUCCACUAUAGUGUUAGUAACAAGAUUCCCUGGCUAGGUCCAGGGCACUUGGGUAUCAGGUUGGGAAUUUGGGAUUGGAACUUAGACUCCCUGAAACAAAGAUUGAGCUGCAAGAUGCGACUUAGAGGCUUGGCCACUAGGAUGCCCUAGUCCCCGUUUAGUCUAAAAUACUGGGGGCUUUGAGAUGGGGAAUGAAAUAAGGCCACUUCUAUGAAUUUCUUUAAAGUUUGUUGUUGGGCAUAUGACUGUUCAUCAACUUUUACCACUUUGUUGAUGACACCUUCUUUAUUGCUCUUUCCAGCCUGUGGACCGAAGCUGACCAACUCCCCCACAGUGAUUGUCAUGGUUGGCCUCCCAGCCCGGGGGAAGACCUACAUCUCAAAGAAGUUGACUCGCUACCUCAACUGGAUUGGCGUCCCAACAAAAGUGUUCAAUGUGGGGGAGUAUCGCCGGGAGGCUGUGAAGCAGUACAGCUCCUACGACUUCUUUCGCCCUGACAAUGAAGAGGCCAUGAGAGUCCGAAAGCAAUGCGCCUUAGCUGCCUUGAGAGAUGUCAAAAUGUACCUGACACAGGAAGGGGGCCAAAUUGCGGUUUUCGAUGCCACCAAUACUACUAGAGAGAGGAGACACAUAAUCCUUCAUUUUGCCAAAGAAAAUGAUUUCAAGGUGUUUUUCAUUGAGUCUCUGUGUGAUGACCCUACGGUUGUAGCCUCCAACAUCAUGGAAGUGAAAAUCUCCAGUCCGGAUUACAAACAUUGCAACUCAGCAGAAGCCAUGGAAGACUUCAUGAAGAGAAUUAACUGCUAUCAAGCCAGCUAUCAGCCCCUGGACCCUGAUAAAUGUGACAGGGAUUUGUCACUCAUCAAGGUGAUUGAUGUUGGUCGGAGGUUCUUGGUGAACAGAGUCCAGGACCACAUCCAGAGCCGAAUUGUGUACUACCUGAUGAACAUCCACGUGCAGCCCCGUACCAUCUACUUAUGUCGGCAUGGGGAGAAUGAGUACAACCUCCUAGGGAAGAUCGGAGGCGACUCCGGCCUGUCCAGCAGGGGCAAAAAGUUUGCCAAUGCCCUGAGCAAGUUUGUUGAGGAACAGAACCUGAAGGACCUCAAGGUGUGGACGAGCCAGCUGAAAAGUACCAUCCAGACAGCAGAAGCCCUUAAACUCCCCUAUGAACAGUGGAAGGCACUCAACGAAAUUGAUGCUGGUGUUUGUGAGGAGAUGACCUAUGAGGAGAUCAAGGAGACCUACCCUGAGGAAUACACUUUGCGCGAACAGGACAAAUACUAUUACCGCUAUCCCACUGGAGAGUCCUACCAGGACCUGGUCCAGCGCCUAGAGCCGGUGAUCAUGGAGCUGGAGCGGCAGGAGAAUGUGCUGGUGAUUUGCCACCAGGCUGUCCUACGUUGCCUCUUGGCCUACUUUCUAGAUAAGAGUGCAGAGGAGAUGCCCUACCUGAAAUGCCCUCUUCACACAGUCCUGAAGCUGACGCCUGUAGCUUAUGGUUGCCGAGUGGAAUCCAUCUAUUUGAAUGUGGAGUCAGUGAACACACACCGGGAAAGGUCAGAGGAUGCAAAGAAGGGACCUAACCCGCUCAUGAGACGCAAUAGUGUCACCCCACUAGCCAGCCCUGAGCCCACCAAAAAGCCUCGCAUCAACAGCUUUGAGGAGCAUGUGGCUUCUACUUCUGCUGCCCUGCCCAACUGCCUGCCCCAGGAGGUGCCCACGCAGCUGCCUGGACAAAACAUGAAAGCCUCCCAGAGUGGCACGGACACCUCCUCCAGAGGACACUGAAGAGACGAAUCCAGUUCCAUCCCAUUUCCUUUUCUGAAGCUUAGGUUGUGCUCCUCUGUCAGCCUGAGGCCACAGCGAUUCCAGGGACUUCUGUGACUGGGCGGGGGCCAUGGAAAGGGGGUCUGCAGCUGGGAGAGAACCCACACCUCCAGCAGCAUGUGGGGGCCGAGGCACUCGAAGGCCUUUCCUGUGUGUGGAACCCACCGCUCCCUGUGUUGUUCUACAGACCACCCUGUCCUCUGCCCCCUCCAGUCUUCCAGGGGUGUCUGGCCUCAGAGACUUCCAGGUGGUAUGGAGAGGAGGAUGAGUGACUGGCAGAUCAGAUGCGAGAAGGCCCUGAGGAGGGAACAUCGGCUGCCUCUGUUCUGUUCUGUUUUGCUUUGUUUUAUCUUGGCCUGGCAUGUUCACAGCUGGUGAGAGGACACUGGCAGCAGAAUCCAAAAACUAGGGGAGAGCUAGACACUAGUUGCUGAAGUUUAAGGGCUAUCUAAAAACUUUUGCAUGGCUCUUGGGAGCCUCGUGGCCUGGGAUAAAGCCUUAUGGAGAAUGGACUUGGGCAUAUGGUGAUUUGGGGCCAUGGAAGCCAGGCUGAGAUAUGGAGAGAUGAAUACUUUUUUCCAGAGAGAUCCCUGAGCUGAGACUUGCUUGUCAGCUAAGCAGUGAGACAAGUGACUCUCCUGCAUGGCCACAUACCUCCCAGGUCUGUGUUCUGCCUCUGAAGAAGAUGUUAAAGGACAAAUGAACUGCUUGCUGAAACAUGCUAACUCGGUCCCUGCUCUCGCAGGGAGCUGCUUGUUUCCUGCCUGCAUUCGGAGGCACCCGAGAGCAUCACUCUCCUGGAACUGCUUGCUUUUGCACUUUGUUAUGGAAGACGUGGAUGAGAAAGAUGCACUUUAAGGAACUUUGGGUUUGGGUUAUAUACCCUUGGGGGCUUUGAACCUCUGAAAGAAUGGGGGAUUGGGCAUGCCCAUGAGAUGGGGAACCUCAGAGAGACCCCAGUAAAUUGACUAGGGAUCGAGUCUUCAGAUGGUUGCAAGACUGCCUCUGGAAGCCGGCAUGGAGAAGCACAAGGAUCUGGCUGCUUCUCUUCAGGACUUUGCUUACCCUCUACACAAGGCCUCGGUAGAUGCUGCUUCCUCCACAAGGCUGUCUGUGAUCUACCAGGAGUCAGCUCAGUUCCAUAGGUUUUUGUCAUGCAUCUGCUGUAUGCCUGCCUAUCGCUGUGCUGGGUACCAUGGGGAACUCAGAAGAGUAAAAUGUAGUGCUUGCUCUGCCUUCCUGGCACCUGUGAUAUUGCGGGGUGGAGGGGAGGGAAGGAUGGAAGCAGGGCUUAUGGGACAUGUGAUCCUAAAUAAUUUUCGCUUCUGCCUAUUGGCUUUUCCUUGUUGCCUGCACGUACUAGGGCAGAGGGGUGUCUCAAGGCCCAGAAGAAACAACUUGCAAACUCAGCGGUAGAGUUUGUCCAAACGACCCUUUUAAGGAUCUCUGGAAACUGGUGCCAGAGGUCACUUUUCUUUCCUGUCUUCUGCUGUUGAGCCCUUACAUCCCUUCCCCUCGUAGCUCAAGGGAACGGUUACUGGGUGUUAGAUACCUAAAGUUGGGAGUAGAGAGGAGCUCUUAAAAGAAUGAAUGCACUUUCCCUGGUUGGGAUCAAGGGAAAGAGGAACAUGCUUCAGAUACCUUACGAGUGGUUUUCACACCAGACCAUUCCAAUUAUUCUUUACCCUCUCCCCAAUUUAAUUGGCCAUCUGCCUGAGAGGAUAUCUAUAUAUACAUUCCUGUACGACUUAAGACUUGGAUUCUUAUCCCCCUUUCACACUGUCUUGAGUAUUGUCAGACACUGUGUGUGAGAGAGAGAGAGUGUGUGUGUGUGUGCGCAGUUGGUCAUAUUUUUAGACAUGAAGGGCCUGCAACUUUGCUCUUGAGAAUGGUUUUCUUAUGCCCACUUUCUGGCAAGAAUAGCCUCGUUUUGUUCUAGCUGUCAGAGCAGACUCUUUGAAUAUAGACUUUUCAGUCAUAUAUAAGUAGGGGCUUUGAGAGGGUGGAUUUCCCCCUCCUCUCUGAGUACUUAAAAUAAAUACACAAGUAAAUAAGUCUUUGCCUAACAGAGAACUUUAAUUUGGUAAGGGCUGGCCGAGAUGGGAAGGGAUAGAACAUGAAUGUGCAUGCAUGGGGAGGGGACAUGUUGGAGAGAAGUAGAAUGCUGCUUAACUUGACAGCCAGUGAUGUGACCUUUGAGGAGGCAUUUGAUGGAGGGUGUGUUUGAGCUAUAGUCACGGAGUUUCUGCUGAGAGGGCUGAUUCUCAUUCCCCUCCCCACUCUCACCCCACCCCACAAAACAAAAACCUGAGACCAAUCUUCUUAACUUUGCAUAUUUGCUUUUGGAUGAGUUUCCCCCUCCUCAUUCUGUCCUGAGAGUAUAACCUUGGGCAAAUCUCUUCAUUUGGGAGGAGAAGAAAAACUGAACCACACCAAUGAUGUUUUUCAUUUGUAAUACUUGAAAUUUAUUUUUUUAUUAUUUUGAUAGCAGAUGUGCUAUUUAUUUAUUUAAUAUGUAUAAGGGGGCCUGGAAAUAGAAAGCUGUAUAUAGAUUGGGUUUAGCUGUUAAUUAGUUUGGGGGCCUUUUAUGUGUGACUUAUGACUUAUCUAUGUUCUGUAUAUUUGUCUGAAUUAAUUACCUGCGAUGAAGCUAUGCUAAGUUUCAAACAGGGAAUGCCUUUCAGAAAUUUGUAUAUUUUACAGUUGCCAGACCAAUAAAAUACCUGGUUGAAAUACA